AUGGCUCAGACGGGAAGACCCAACACACUGGCAGAGUUGAAGCUUGAGACGUCUUUCCAACAUACACCUCGACUCCGAUGGCGGAGUGAGGCCGAAGGCGGAGGAGCGACGGAUGGCGAUCGUACAAACAUCUUUCACGAUUAUCACCCACCCCGUGGCGGUACUAAUCAAGACAGCAGUGUUUUGAGUGGCUUACACUCGGCGACACCUCCUAUCUCCGUUCCUCGUCAUCAUGAUCUUCCCGACCCAGAAGAUGUCAGCUAUCCUCACAAACCCGAGGAUGUGCAGGCCUCUCCGCUGGACAGCUUUCUGCAGCAAGAACGCCGGCCCUCGAUCAGCUUUGACCCCAUCGUGGCCCUGGACUCCGGUCGACGCCUGCCUCUCGAAGAGCCUCUGGCCGGUCGGCCACAAAAGUUCCAGUCGCGCAGCUCGAGCUUGAGGAACACUCUACGUCAGGAGGACGGACCCGACGAUCACGACCGCCAGUCGGACCUUAGUUCAAGUCCGGAAAGGCAGCGACGCCAGCGGCCCAUCCCUACCGGUUCUUCGCGGGGCAGCUUUCCGGAAGAAGAGGAAAACGCCGUGGCCUCGGAGAUCGAACACCCGACCUCUCUCACCUCGAGAUCAACCGCGUCCCCGAUGACUGAAGAAAUCCGAACUCCGUCGGAGGGUUCAAGGAUGCUGUCUUCGCCGGUUUACAUGGCAUCGCCCGUACAGGGGUUUGCCUCGCUUGACGAUCGCAGCUCUUGGUCGGGAAGUGCUGUGACUCCCUUUGGGAGCAAGGCAAGGGGCCUUCGUCUUUCUACUCGACAACGGUCGCGCAGAUCUACCGCUUCUAGUGGCAAAUCCCCUGCCAGCAUGUUCCUUUCCAUGUGGAGCGCCGGUGGGGAGGAGUCUGCGCCGCAACCUGAUGACGAAGGCCAGAUGGUCGGGACGGAUUAUGUCCUUGGCAAACAGAUCGGCUUCGGGGGGUUCAGCACUGUGAAAGAAGCGUACAAGGUCGAAGAGGAUGGCAAGACCAAACACCUCGCCGUCAAGAUUGUCAAAAAACAGGUUUCGGGCAAGAGUGAGAAGGAAAACGAUGAGGUUCAAGCAGAAUUCGACCACGAAGUCCGAGUUUGGCGCUACCUCAGCCACCCUAACGUCCUGACCUUGGAUGCUGUGUACGAGACUGAUUUUGCUACGUUUUGUUUUACGAAGCUCGCGAUCGGCGGCACUCUUUUCGAUCUUGUUCGCCAAAAUCGAGGUGGUCUGGACCUCAAGCUUGCCAAGAAGUACUCAUAUCAGCUUGCCUGUGCACUUCGAUACUUGCAUGAGGACGCUCGGGUUGUGCAUCGGGAUAUCAAGCUGGAGAACUGCCUGCUGGAUCCCACCGAAUCGCCCGAUGGAUCCGAGGUCUCAAACCUAGUGCUCUGCGAUUUUGGCAUGGCGGAGUGGAUGCAUACGGACAACGACGGCUCGUCGCCUGAUCCGUACGAUAAUGUGGCGGAUCGACCGCCUCCGAAGAAUAUCGGGCCGGCUGGAUCCAGCACCAGCGUUGCGGGAAGUCUGGAGUAUGCUUCCCCGGAGCUGCUCCUCUCGACCAACGGAGUCAUCCAUCCUUCGGUCGAUCUUUGGGCGUUUGGAGUCAUCGUCUACACCAUGAUCGUUGGCUCCCGGCCGUUUCAAGAUCCGUUCGCGCCGCGCAUCCAGAACAAUAUUCUCAAUGGGCACUGGAACCAACACGCCGUCCUUGGCGAUGAAGAAGCGGAUGCUCCCACUCGGCAGGAGCGGGAAGAUGCGCUUGAGGUGGUUAAAGGAUGUUUGCAGAUGGAUCCGGCCAAACGUUGGGCCAUCCGUGAUGUACUUUGCUCCCGGUGGAUGCGAGAGUUCUCUCAGAACGCCGACGGCAGCCCCACCGAGUCCAUUUGGAAACUUUGA